UUCGAGGACGAGAAGACUCUUAGAUGAGAAUGAAGAUGAGGAUGGGGAUAAGGGUGCAGAGGAGAUGGAAGAGGACAUUGGUGAAGACAAAGAUGAUGAAGGAGAUGGGGAUGAUGCACUUAAUGAUGAUGAUUAUUGAUUAGUUACUCGAUAUUUGAUCGUACUUUUAGACUUGCGUAGUUUAAAAUUUAAGUAUUUGUGUGUCUUGAAUUUUUAUGUGUUUUUAAAUUAAGUAUUUAUGUGUUUAAGUAUUUGUGGUGUUAAAUAUUUGUGUUUUUGGUAUAAAAUAUAUUGUAGGUAAAUAUAUUAGAAUUUUUUAGGCUUUAGUGCGCCUCGCCUACGAAAAGCCCGCGCCUGAGCUUAAAGCCCUUCGCCUAGGCUCCGGGGAAUGUUUGCGCCUUGUGCGCCUCGAGCUUUUUAAAACCCAGACGUUGUGAAGCAUAAAUCCCCAUACACAUUUGAUGAAUAUUAUCACGAUGACAUAGUCUUCCUUAGCCAGCCAUUGAUUAUUCAACAUAUUGAUGAAAUUGCGGCAGAGUUUGUAAGACAAAAUAAAGGUUAUCUGAGUGAAGGUGAUUUGAAAAGGAUAGCAAAGGAAACAGAAGAUAAGUUGAAGAAAGAAGAAGAGAAAAGAGAACAAGACCUGAAAAAUCAAGAAAUCUUUAGAAAGAUGACUGCAGAACUUGAGAGAAGAAAGAUUUAGCAGAAUUAGAGUGCGGAAAAAUGGAAGAACUUGAGAGAAAGAAACAGGAGGAAUUGACAAACAUAGAAGAAGUGAGAAAGAAAAAUCAGGAGCUUGAGAUAAAAAAGAAAGAAGAAGCAUAUCAAAGGAAGAAAGAGGAAGAAGAAGAAUCUCAGAGAAAGAAAGAGCAGCUAGAAAAUGAUAGAAGAAAGAAGGAGAUUAGGACAAAAUUAAAAGAUGACAAGAUGAAGAAAUAUCAGGAGAGUCAAAAGAGAAAGAAAGAGAAUGAAAUGAAGAAUGCAGAGAGUAACAAGCAAGAAAAAGAAAAAGUGUAUGUGAAACGUACAAAGAAACACAAGAAAGAUCCUGAAAUACCAUCAUUUGACUUGCUUACUCCAUCCUAAACAGAUUCAAGUCCUGAACAAGUUGUUGCUGGUGUACUUGCUCAUAUUAAAUCAAUGGGUGAAGCUCCUGGUGGAGUUUCUACAUAUCCACAUAUUACUGGAAUCA